AUGACUCUUGUUUUUGCCGCAUGUUACACUUGUUCCCUUUGUUUGGUCGGAUUUUUUAGUGAACUUAACUGUUUAUAUACUGGACACGAGAGGAUACAAGAUGGAACCAUUGCUUUGAAUGCUGUUCAACGAAGAGAUGCUCGAGUUUCUAUUGAUGAUAUGGUAACUGUGAGAAGAUUUGUUCCUCCUGAGAAUUUUGACCUGACUUUGUUGGCUCUUGAGUUAGAAUUUGUAAGGAAGGGCACUACUAAAAACGAAGAGGUUGAUGCUUUGCUCCUUUCAACUCAACUCAAGAAGAAAUUCAUUAAUCAGGUCUUGACAGUAGGACAGAGAGCUACAUUUGAGUAUCAUGGAACUAACUACAUUUUUACGGUCAACCGAGCGGUGGUUGUAGAGGGUCAAGAACGGUCUGAUGGUAUCGAAAGAGGGACAAUAUGUAAAGAUACAUAUUUUGUGUUUGAAACAUCAAAUGCAAAUGGCAUAAAGGUCUGGUUUUUGAUCAGUCUCUUGGUACUACUACCCGUGUUUGUUUAA